GAUAUUUUUUGGAGGGAUUUUUAUCAUAGAUUGGGUUUCGUGCAAACAUGGGUUUCAUGCUACCAAAACAUUAUUUCGGAACGCUCUUCCGAUUAUCAGGGCGACCAUUACUGAAAAAAACAGUAGGCAUCAGGUCAAUCUCAAAUGCAUGCCUUUUGUCCGAUACUCACAAAAUGCUUCAGAAGACUUCUCGAGAAUUUGCUGAAAAAGAACUGCAGCCUGUAGCAGCUAUGAUUGAUGAGAAAAAGAUAUUUCCUAAAGAUCAAAUAAAAAAGUUAGGAGAACUUGGUAUGCUUGCUGUAUAUACACCUGAAAAAUAUGGAGGUGCUGGUUUAGAUUAUUUAGCCUAUGCAAUAGCUAUGGAAGAAGUAUCUAGAGGCUGUGCAUCUUGUGGUGGGAUCAUGAGUACCAAUAAUUCCUUGUAUCUUGGUGGUCUUCUGAAAUUUGGAAAUGAAGAUCAAAUAAAAAAAUAUGCUACACCCUUUACAAAUGGAGACAGAGUUGGCUGCUUUGCUUUAAGUGAACCAGGUAAUGGUAGUGAUGCAGGUGCUGCAUCAACAACAGCUAGAUUGGAUGGAGAUUCUUGGAUUUUGAAUGGAACUAAAGCCUGGAUAACAAAUGGUUAUGAGGCUGAAGCAGCUCUAGUUAGUAUCUUUUUUGCCAUAGGCUUAUCAUCGGAAAUUAAUAUUUUUUUCAUUGAUAAUAUUCAGAUAAUACAAGAAGAACAUGACAUAUAAAAUCAUAAGUUGUAAGAAACUUCUAGGGUAGCCAGGACACAUUAUCAGAUUAAAAUUGCAAAGAAACCUAUGUCUGAAAAUGCGUCUUUUGUAGAUAUUAUGAACUAUUUCUUCAUGUUCUUGUAUCUAGAUCAUAAUAGGAAAGUGACGACUAUGACGACCAUAUAGGGCAUGGGUUUCUAUGUAAUUGUAAUUCUGAGGAU